GCCUGCAAAGAACUACACUUAAUUCAUCUUGCUUCAUUGAACUGCGCGGCUUACACUUUCAAAGUGAGAUUCUUUGGUCUUCACCCUCAAAACAUUGGAAAACUGGGGGACGCCGGUAGCGUGGCCCAUAAUGCAGACGAGCUUCAGGAGGCCUCGUCGGAGUUGAGGGCUGAGGAGGCUGGGGCUGUGAAACCUCAUAUUCCUACCUUUGAAAUCACGGAGAUUGAGUUCAUCACGCAGACGCACAAUACCACGUUUAGUUACUUUGAGCUACUUUCGCGAUUUGUGGCUUUUCUGGCGGCUUUUGGAUUGUUGGCUGGCUUCUGCUUAUCUAUGCGAUCCUUCGAAUGGAAAUAUUGGACUGCUGAACAGAAGUGGACUGUAGUGCUCCUAGUUCUCCUUCUUUUCUUCUACAGUGAGUUCGACUUGAAUGGUUUCGCUUGUACAGCAUCCUCCCUCCUUGUUAUUAAAAUUCCAAGUACUCCACUAAGUGAGGUAAUCGCUUGUUGUAGAUCCGCUCCACCCACUGGUAUAUCUUCUGCCAGGUUGGAUUCCACAGGCUCUGGACGGCUUUUUUCAAGUCUCCUUUUACGCCUUUCUACUCCUCUUCUGGCUGUGUAUCUUUGA